AUGAAGACCGCCCUAGUCCUCGCCCUUGCCGGCAGCGCCACGGCCUUCGCGCCGCGCAGCGUCUCCAGGCCGAGCGUGGCUGUGAAUGGGUGCUCGUGCAGCGUCCGACACACUAAUUGAGCAGCUUCACCGCCCCGGAGCCCCCCCCCGACGCGCGGCGCGGUGCCGCCGGACCCCGCGCGGCGCGGCGGGAUCAAUGUAUAGCUGUUGAAAAAGCAUCUCUGGCUGGCUGUCGCGCGCGGCCGGCGGCCGCGCCGCGCGCAGCUGCACAAGAUACUCCCAGAAUAAAUGAGAGUUUCGACACGCGAAGGCUGGCGCUCGUCGCCGUUGAGCUGGCCGCGAACGCGCGCCCGCUCACGGUAUUUAAAAACGCCCAGGUACGUGCCCGACGGCCUCUCGGCCUCGGACUGGGCCGCGCGCCAGCAGAAGGAGAAGGCGGCCAAGGUCCAGAACAAGGCCAAGUACCCGAAGGGCGCGCCCCAGGUGCCGGCCCGGCGUUUUGUUUCGUUCUUCUUUUCGCGUCGAGACGGCGUAGCACGCCACCGGCACGCCGUCGCGGCGAUGGCGUCGAGCGAACGCCGUCACGUGGCACGCCGUCGCCGCGAUGGCGUCGUCGUGGGAGUAGUUCUACGCCACUGGCACCCUGUCGAGCACCGUCAUCACGUGGUCGCGCGCAGGUCCUCGGCGUGAAGGAGUACCUCGAGAAGCUCCAAGCCAAGCAGACCUUCUACAAGAACAACGUCGGCAACGCCAAGGUCGCCAAGUCGGGCCACGUCUACGCCAAGGUCAAGUUCGGCGACUUCACGAAGGAGGCCUACGACGACUGGCGCAAGAAGGGCGGCAAGCCGCCGAACAACAACGAGGAGGGCCGCUCGGCGAACCACUGGUUCUAG